CAAAGAAGGGGCUCGGGUAGAUACCAGAGGGUAAAAAGUGGUGCCUCAUUAAAAAGGAGCCCAUUGGAAACACCAACCCCUAAAAAAACCCCCAAACAAUUAGAAAUAACAACUCAAAGGAAGGACCUUGAAGCAAAGAAGGCCCAACAGGCCUAAGAAGCCCAGCUUUCUCAUCCUUCUCGGCUUUCCUCUCCUCCUGGGAAUGUUCCCAAGAGAAGGUGGGAAAGCAUCUUGGAUUGAAUUUACAUCUUUGUUAAGCAGUCAUUGAAACAUGGAGAAACACAGCUCACCUGGACCUGAAGCAGGUGGGGUCCAUGAGAGCACUGGAGCAUCCUGGAGAAAAAGUACACAUAAGUUCCUGAGUGUGGACCUUUAUAGCUCACACACACAGAGCCAGCAGUUCAGGCAUUCCUCCUUCCAAGAGGUCGAGGGACCCAGAGAGGUUUGCAGCCGCCUCCACUCUCUCUGCCGCCAGUGGCUGAAGCCAGAGCAACACACCAAGGCGGAGAUGCUGGACCUGGUGAUCCUGGAGCAGUUCCUGAGCAUCCUGCCCCCAGAGAUGGGGAGCUGGGUCCGAGAGUGUGGGGCAGAGACCUCUUCCCAGGCGGUGGCCCUGGCGGAAGGCUUCCUCCUGAGUCGGGCGGAGGACAAGAAGCAGGAAGGACAGGGAGUUCAGAUGAGUCUCACUGCAUCAGACACCACUCAAAGUCCCCAGAAGAAGAAGCUCAAGCAGGAGAGAGAUGAGGCUUUGGCCUUGCAGAGGGAUGGAAAGACACUGACAGCAAAUUCCCAGCUGUCUCUUCCUGUUUCUGCUGGAAUUGAGCCAACUGAGGACCUUUUCACCUUUGAGGAUGUGGCUGUCCAUUUCUCCCCGGCGGAGUGGGCUCUUCUGGAUCUUGAUCAGAGAAUGCUGCACACGCAGAUCAUGGAGGAGACCCAUGGGAUUGUGGCCUCCCUUGCAGUUAACUGCCAGAGGAGCAUUGCCAAGCACAAAGAGGAGCUUACCACACUUGGAGAAGUCCACGCAGAAGAGGAAAGUUCUGCCAGAGAGAGGCCCUUCAAAUGCAAUGCAUGUGGGAAAUGUUUUGCUCAAAAUAUGGACCUUGUGCUCCAUGAGACGAUCCAUGUUGGGGAAAAAGAUUUGAAAAGUAAAAUAUCAGGGAAAGGUGUUGAUGACAAACUGUCAAAUCUGAGCCAACAAGAAAUUUUUGAAGGAAUAGAAAGGCCAUCUCUUGUGACUUAUGAGAGACUCAACGUGGGAAAGAAAGUAUACAAAUGCCAGGAAUGUGGGAAGAGCUUUGGUCAGAGUUCAUCCCUUGUGAGCCACCAGAGAGUCCACACAGGGGAGAAACCAUACAUAUGUCUCGAUUGUGGGAAAUGUUUUGCUAACAGUUCCCAUUUGGUGAGGCACAAAAGAGUCCACACAGGAGAGAAGCCAUACCAAUGCCAGGAGUGUGGGAAAUGUUUUCCUUCCAAGUCAUCACUUCUGAGACACCAGAGCACCCACACAGGAGAGAAACCGUACAAAUGCCAGGAAUGUGGGAAAUCUUUUGCUCAGAGUUCAACCCUCGCACAGCACAGGAGAGUUCACACAGGAGAGAAGCCAUACAAAUGCCAGGAGUGCGGGAAAUGUUUUGUUCAGAAUAUACACCUUCUAUGCCACCAGAGCAGCCACACAGGAGAGAAGCCAUACAAAUGCCAGGAGUGUGGGAAAUGUUUUGUUCGGGAUUCAUACCUUGUCAGGCACCAGAGACUACACACAGGAGAGAAACCAAAUAAAUGCCAGGAGUGUGGGGAAUGCUCAGAAUGCACAACUCCUAGACCACUGGAGAACCCACACAGGGGAGAGAGUUUAGAAACGCCAGCAGUGUGGAAAUGUUUUGAUCAGGAAUUGUACCUUGUGAGGGAAUAGAGAAAAUAUGCACAUGCCAGGACUGAGAAAAAUGUUUGUUUGGGGACAACAUCUAGUAAAAUAUCAGACUCCUGAGUCAAUUUCAAGGAUGUGGAACUUAUUUUUCUCAAAAGUCAUCCUUGUGAAACAGACUUCACACAAGAAACAAAUCAUCCAAAUGCCAGAAGUGUGGGAAAUGUUUUGAUCAUAGUCCAUACUGGUGAGGCACAAGAGACUCCAUCCAGGAGAGAAUCCAUACAAGUACCGGUCAUAUCAUAAAUGUUUUCCUCCCCAAAAAAUGUAACCCUUGCAAUGCACUGUAGAGUCUACAUAGGAGAGGAAUGGGAUUAGUGCCAGGAUUGUGCUCAGAGUUUAAUUCCUCAUCCCUUCAUCUUAGCAAAACAUUACAAUGUGUAGACAUGGACAUUUUUGGUAGCCUUUAACAUGUCUCUUAGAAAAAGCCAGGGAGAGUCACACAGAAUCUGUGAAGGUAUUUCAGGAGAUCUUUGACAUGCACCUGCAGAAAAACCAUCAAAUGCAGUGGAAGCAUAUCUUGUCUGUGAUGGACAGUUUUUUUCCAAAUGUAAAGAAAUUCCAGUGUCAACAGCUACAAAUGAAAGGUUGUUUUCAACUCUGAAACAUUUGAAAACAUGCAUAAGAAGCACAACGGGGCAAGAAAGGUUGACUGGACUUGCACCUUGUCGAUGGAGCCUGAUUUCUGUCAAAGUGUACCAACACAGUUUUCAAGUGUUUCCAGGAGAUGUUUGGACUUCUUUUGUAAUUAUUAAAUUAUCAAUUAAGAGUCA